ACCCACCCGCCAUGGCCGCCACCGCCACCAACGCCCAGCUCUACCAGCAGUCCCAAAUGGACCAGCAGAUACAGAUGCCCGUUCCCAACCUUAACCACAGCCUGCCCCCCGUACCGCCUCAGCAACAACAGUCACCCGUGCAGCAGACCCACUAUCAGCAACCCCCACAGCCGGCGAGCUUGUACGAAGAGGGCGUCAGCCAAGACUUCGCAGAUGACAGGCAAAGCCGGUAUGCUAGCCAGCCAGCACCUUUAUUAGACCAGUCCCAUCUCCGUCCCGGCAACCAAGCCAACCUGCUAUCACACGACCGCACUCUAGAACUCUACCGUUCCAAUGCCAAAAAAACGAAUGACCCCGAGCUCAUAUUCGAGUUCGCCGUAUUCAUGAUCGAUGCCGCCAAAGGCAUGGUUUCCCCGGCGCAAGAGGCCGACCCUGCACCUUCACCUCAAGUCACCAAGCAGCUCGAAAAGAGAGAAGAGAUUCUGAAGGAAGCGACGCAGCUAUUGAAGAAGCUGGCGGACAGAGGGUUUUCGGACGCUCAGUACUUUUUGGCGGAUUGCUAUGCCAACGGGGUCGGCACAGUGCGAGGGAGGCAAGACUUCGACCGGGCAUUCCCGCUGUUCAUUCUCGCUGCCAAGCAUGGGCACCCUGAUGCAUGCUACAGGGCAGGGACCUGCUGUGAGCACGGGUGGGGAUGCAGAAGAGAGAGUGCGAAAGCCGUGACAUUCUAUAAGAAAGCGGCUGUUGGCCUCCAUCCGGGAGCAAUGUACAGGCUGGGGACCGCCGAGCUUAAUGGAUCUCUCGGCCUUCCUCGCCGACCCAAAGAAGGCGUCAAGUGGCUCAAGCGGUCUGCCGAACACGCGAACGAAGAGUUUCCUCACGCUCUCCACGAAUUGGCUCUCCUGCACGAACGCGGUAUCGAGAAUGUCGUCUUUGUGGAUAAUGACUAUGCCGCCGAGCUCUUGUCAAAAGCUGCUGAACUCGGGUAUGCCCCAAGUGCGUUCAAGCUGGGAGAAUGUUACGAGUAUGGCAAGAUGGGAUGUCCCACGGAUCCAGCUUUGUCCAUCCACUACUACAACAUUGCCGCCCAGCAAGAUCACAAGGACGCCUGUUUUGCCCUCACUUCCUGGUACCUGAUGGGAUCUCCUGGUGUCUUGCCUCAAUCUGACACUGAGGCUUACCUAUGGGCAAAGAAGGCUGCCGAGUUGGGUCUGGCCAAGGCACAGUACGCUUUUGGCUACUUUACCGAGGUACGAUAUCACAUUACAUAGGAGUGCCCUCGCUCAUUUCCUUCUUCAGACUGGUUUGGGAACAGACGCCAACCCCGCCGCUGCUCAAAUCUGGUACAAAAAAGCUGCCGAAGGCGGUGACAAGCGUGCUGCAAAGCGGUUAGCAGCGGGCGGAGGAUCGAGAAGUGCGGCACUGGACAGAAGACUCGAAAUGGAAGCGCUCAAGGAGGAGAGAAGCUUACUGAGUCAUUCGGCGAAUAGCGGAAGUAAAAGUGGAGGUGGAAAGGACAAGGACAAGGACGGAUGUCUGAUCAUGUGAAGGGAUGAUUAUGACCUGGAAGAAAACGAAACAUCUCUUUUCAAAACGCACGAACAUCUUACCCACGUACGAGCCUCUCUGGUUCUGCCUUUUUUCUCCAGUAUCACUACUUUUCACAUCCCAUUAUCAGUCAGAUCUUUGUGGAAGGAUUGUAAGAGCAUAAUAUGACUUUCUGUAACGAUUUAGCGUAUAGCUGUUUGUGGCGAUGUUUUCGACUUUUGAGAGCGUAACGAUAUAUACGAUAGAUACAUUUUUAUUCGACUUGUGGCCUGUAGAGUCAAUUUCAUGCAUGACAUCGGACAUUCG